AACCCUACCCAAUACUGAACCUCAAACGGUCCCCUGAUUCAAGCCGAAUUCCAAUAAGCGAAAUAUGUCCCUCUCUCGCGUAUUCAAUCCCUCCGCCGCCACCAAAACCACCACCACCACCACCACCACCACCACCACAGUCCCCAAGGACGUCUUUUCAUCUAUCUACAAAGAGCGAAACCUCAAGCGCCUCGUCGAGAAAUUCAAGAAAUCGUCCGAAUUUUAUCGCUUCCGCAGAAAGAAUGGAAUCUAUGAGAAUACAGUUCACCGGCUUGCUUCAGCGGGGCGCUUCAAAUGGAUCGAGGAGAUACUCGAGGAUCAAAAGAGGUAUGAAGACAUGUCCAAAGAAGGAUUUGGAGCCCGUUUGAUCUCGCUUUAUGGUAAGGCAGGCAUGUUUGAAAAUGCCCACAAAGUGUUCAGUGAAAUGCCUGAACGGAAUUGCAAACAAACGGUUUUGUCCUUCAAUGCGCUGUUGGGGGCAUGUGUCAAUUCAAAGAAAUUUGACAAAGUUGAUGGACUUUUCAAGGACUUGCCUGAUGAGCUGUCGGUUGAGCCAGAUUUGGUUUCAUAUAACACGGUUAUCAAGGCGUUUUGUGAAAUGGGUUCUUUGGAGUCGGGUAUUUCUAUGGUUCAGGAGAUGGAGAAGAAGGGUAUUAAGCCAGAUUUGAUCACAUUUAACACUCUUUUAUAUGGUUCUUAUGGGAGUGGUCGGUUUGAGGAGGGUGAGAGGAUUUGGGCUCUACUGAAGGAAAAGAAUUUGGUUCCUGACGUACGGAGUUACAAUGCAAGAUUGGUUGGGCUGGCAUUGGAGAAGAGAGUGAAAGAGGCUGUUGAGGUUUUUGAGGAAAUGCGGACUAAAGAUGUUGAACCUGAUGUGUUUAGUUUCAAUGCUUUGAUUAAGGGGUUUGCUGCUGUUGAAAACUUGGAGGAAGCUAAGCGAUGGUAUGGUGAAAUAGAGAAGAAUGAUUGUAAACAAAAUAAAGAAAGUUUUGCCAUACUUGUCCCGUUUCUUUGUGAUAACGGUGAUUUUGACUUUGCCUUCAAGGUUUGCAAGGACAUUUUUCAUAGGAAAAAGGUAGUUGGUGAGACUCUUUUACAGAAUGUGGUAGAUGGUUUAGUUAAGGAGUCCAAGAUUGAGGAGGCUGAGAAAAUUGCGCUGCUUGGGAAGACAAAUAGUUACAAUCGUUAUAGGCUGAAAUUGCCUUCAAAAGAGGAAUAAAUAUGCCCUUUCUGUUCUGACAUUGUGCCGGGGAAAUGUUGGAAGACCAUAAGCUUUGUGGAGAUAGGAACUGGGAAGGUUGAGUAAUCAUUCUCAUUUUAGCUGCAAGAAAUGUCGUGCAACUGUGUUUAUGUUGUGUUGAGUUUAAAUAUUUAGUGAGAGAUUAGUCUAGACAAAUGUUCAUCUCUCAUAACUGUGCUUCUGUUGUGAUUCAAUUUCACCUUUUCAAUUCGUACUGUUAUUCGAUAUUUGUUCUGCUUUCAGUUGCAAUGACAUACUAAUAAUGUA